CAAAUGGACCAUCAAAGGCUUCCCGCAGACUCAGAGUCAGAGACGCCGUCUGACACAAUACCCAAAGCCGCGAGGUUCUACCUAUGCAGUAGCUAUGCGUUCGCUGCGUGGGCGUGGCGGUCGUGGGAAUUCUUGGUCGCGCUGGUACUGAUAGAGCUGUAUCCGAACUCCCUGUUGAUGGUCUCGGCUUAUGGGCUGCUCGACAAUCUUACGCGCGUGGUGCUGGGGCCUACGGUCGGGGGCUACGUCGACAGGCAUGAGCGAAUGCCUGGGUGCAAGCUCAUGCUGCGGCUGCAAAACUGCUGCAUCAGCGGCAGCGCUGCCGCAGCGCUGGCCCUGCUGUGGCCAGGGUCUGCGGCUCUCACCAACCCUGCGCUCUACUGGCCGUUGAUCUGGGUGCUGACGGUGCUGGGCGCCGCCAGCUCCGCCGGCAGCACGGGCGUGCAGAUCGCGGUGGAGCGGGAGGCUGUCAAGGCGCUGUGCGGCGACGACGCCGGAGCGCUGGCGUCCACUAACGCCACCAUGCGCGCCAUUGACCUGACGGCUCUGCUGCUGGCGCCGCUGGUGGCGGGCGUGCUCAUGACGGCGGCGGGGCCGUUCGUGGCGGCGGCCGCCAUGUCCGCCUACUGCGGCGGGGCCUACAUACCCGAGGUAUUCUUUCUGGGAGCCGCCUUCCGCGCUGCGCCCGCCCUCAUGAAACCAAAGGCCACAGCGGCGACCGGUCCGGCCGCAGACGACGACGACGACGACGCCGAGGGCGAGCACGCAGGGCUCCUGGCGGCGUCCCACCAGUCUCCGCACCAGCAGCAGCACAGCAGCAAGGCCGGCAGUAGCAGCGGCCGGCUCAGCCGCACCGCAUCCAUACAGCGGCCGCUCAUUACGUCACAUGGAUCCUCGGCGUCCGCGUCAGCGGCACACCUCGGGGGUCGGACGAGCGGGGACGGGGAGGGAGACGGCGUACACGGCGGCGCGGAUGGCGGCGGCGAGGGCGAGGGUGAGGGCAAGGGCGAGGGCGAGGGGCUGCUGCUACCUGCGGGCGGCAGCGGCGAGGGGCAGGGGCUGUUGGGUCAGGAGCAGCAUCAGCAUCAGGGGCUGCCGACGUCCACGCGACCGCCCACACUGCGCAGCACCUCCGCUCGCAGCCUGGACGUGCACACUGCAGAGCCGGUGGCGGCGGCAGCAGCAGGGGCCCGCGGGAGCAGGGGCCUCCAGGGCCGCACAGGCGGCCGCGGCGGCGGCGGCGACGGCGCCUCGGUAGCGUCUCGGGCCCGAGCACUGUUGGCGGGGUUGGGCGGGGCGGUUGCUCAGUACGGAGACAGCUGGCGGGUGUAUGUGCAGCAGCCGCUGCUUCUACCGUGCUUGGCGCUGGCACUGAUCUACAUGACAGUGCUCAGCCUCGGCUUCCUCAUGACCUCCUUCCUUAAGUGGACCGGCCUCACGGAGGCGGAGGUGUCUGUGUACCGAGGCAUCGGCGCGCUGACCGGACUAGCCGCAACCGCGCUGUUCCCACCGCUUUCAAAGUGGGCCGGACUCAGGUUUUGCGCCGCAGCCGGCAUCACCUAUCAGAUGGCGUGUCUGGCAUCGGGGGUGCUGCCCGUGGCGCUGACCAUCAUGUCGCAAGGCGGCGGCAAGCCGAGCGUUGGGGAGGUGCGGGUGAUGGUGGGCGGCCUGGUGGCGUCGCGCACGGGGUUGUGGAUGUACGACCUUGCCGUCACGCAGCUCAUCCAGCAGGGCGUGGCGGAGGACCACAUGGGUGCGGUGUACGGUGUGCAGAGCAGCCUGCAGGCGUCGUUCGAGAUGCUGUCGUUUGUGGCGGGGCUGCUCUCGCCUGACCCCGCCCACUUCCACUGGCUCAUGCUCGGCUCCGUGUGCAGCGUGGGCACAGCGGCGUGCCUGGUGUGGGUGUACGUGUGCACCGCGCCGCGACGGAGCUCUGCUGCGGCGGCGGGUGCUAAAGGUGCCGGCGGAACGGGGUUUGCGGUGGCGGGCGGCGGCGUGGCAGCAGAUGGCGGGGGUGCAUCAGCAGGCGGCGCACAGCGGUACCAGGUAGUGCCGUCUGGCGAUGAUGUGUGAUGUAUGACUAGUAAGUAAGCGUGUUCCAGUUGUGUGUUGUUCCGGCGGCUCGGGGUCAGAGUCAGGUCAGACUCAGGGUCAGAGUCAGCAGGUCAGAGUCGGGGUCAGGGCGCGUCAGAAUCAGGUAGGGUCAGGGGCAGGGUCGGGUGGAGGUCGGACUGCUUGAUGAUGGCUUCGGCGUACGGCAUGCAUGCAUAAUUACGCGUUGCACGUGCGUGUAUGUGCGCCAGCGCGUGAUCGAUGCGAUGACACACGGAGCUGGCUGGAUGGGCGCCCGGGACUUACUUGCGCGCUCGUCAUCACACGUACGCUCUUUCCACAAAUGCAUGCAUGGCAUCGAGCGAAAUGCGUGGAAAUGAUGCAGGAUAUAUAUGCGGAUGAUGAAGUGGCUUUGAUAUGCUCGCUCGCUAUUUUACGAUAAUCAACCACGCACCGCCGUUGAAGUCAGCAGCGCAGGUAGGGACACCGCCGAUGAGGGCCGAUGGCGGGCGGGCGUAGCUGGGCGUAGCUCUUGCAUCUCCGCCCGCCUUAUGCUUAUAUGCAACCCUAACCUACCUCUAGAAUGAACACGUGAAGUAUUCUGUUCGACAAGCAAGGCAGCGGCUCCGGGCAGCAAUCAAUCGAGUGAGGUAGACCCAACCUUGCUUGGACCCAACUCGUGCGUUUCAGCAGUGCAUGCGCACCUUAAAUCAAGACCUGGUUGUAAGCACCCGUAUGC